AUGUCUUUUUUAACGCCUGUGCUAGGCGAAGGCAACUUCAAUUGUUCAGCUUCAGAUACGAUCACCUCUUCACCUGAAGGGCUAUCAAGUCCUAUGUCAGUUGUGUCUACUGGGAGAAAAUCGACAUCGAUUGCAUGUGAUAAUAACCACGAUUUUAAAGUUCUUGUACAAAAUUUCAAUUCAAUUCCCGUUCGAUUGAUAGUAUCUACGGAUAAAGAAAGAAGUAUAAUCUUUUUAGAUGGAAAUCGAUAUAUUAUUAAUAAAAACACAGAACAAGUGAUAAACAUUUCCUACAAAUCCGAUUUUAUUGGAUAUUACGUUUCAAUCCUUUAUUUCAUAAUUAACGAAAGUACGGUUAUAACGGUACCACUCCUAGCGGAAGUGGUCCCGUCUACUUUACAAGUUUUAACAAAUGAGUUACAACUCGAUUUAAAAAAUAAUUCUAAAUACAUCGAAAUCGAAAAUUGUUUGAAUAUUGAUAUUCCGUUUAUGUGGCUGUUAAAUGCUCCGAAUGUUAUGAUCAAACCAUGUAAAGGAACUGUACCAUCUAAUAGAAAAUUAGUAUGUAUGGUUAGUUAUUGUUUCGAUCAAUGUGGACCAGAUUCGGUUGUUGCCAAAUUAUAUUCAAAAAGUAUUACAACGGAAACGGUUGAAAUAGAAUUGAUUAGAAGAAAAAGCAAACUUACGGCAGAGAAACUUAGUUUUGGAAAGAUCUCUUUAAACGAGGAAGCUAUGGAGAUAUUAAUGUUAAAAAAUAAUUCUAAGGUAAACCGACUAAAGUUUUAUAUAAAGCAAGAUGAUAUACCGAAAGGUUUAUCUGUAUUUCCUUUAACUGGGUUUAUUCAUCCUUUAACGGAAUUUAGCGUGUAUAUUGUAGCUAAAUUUACGCAUUGUGUUGUUUUUAAUUUGAUUUUGAAAAUAUAUAAUACUUCUACAGAUGAAGUAUUAGAAAUUCCAAUUGAAGGUGAAGUUAUUUAUCCAGAUGUAACAAUAACUCCAAAAAUUAUCAACAUUGACAAAAUACCAUCGAGCACAAUAAAAUAUUUCAAUAUCAUAUUAACAAAUAACAGUCCAGUUCCAGCAUAUAUAAACUUUGCUUUAAACGAAUAUGAAGAAUUUUUUGUUAGUAAAUCGAUUUUUCCUUUUACAAAAGAUAUAGUAACAUCUUUAAAACUUGAUGGGGAAUCAAGUGAAAAAAUUUAUAUUCAUUUUACACCGCACGAAGCUUCAAGUUGUCAAUUUUAUCUUCCAAUUGUAAUUAAUAAUUUAUUGGGACCUCCAAUUUUAAAUGAUUACAUUUCAACGAAGGUUCAAUAUUAUUUAAAUGAAACAUACAGUACAAAUGAUAAAUAUGGUUGGAUGCCAGAUUCACUCCCUUGCACAAAAAUCCACACAUUAAUAAGAUUACCAAUAAUUGAAAUUUCAAAAACUUUUAUUAAGUUUUCCACUUUCCCAUCCAAAAGAAAUCAAUCAACAACGAUUUUCAUAUCGAAUCCAAACCACAUACAAUCCGAAAAAAUUUGUAUAAAAUUCGAACAAUUACAUCACCCUUUAUACAUAGAAGAUUAUAAAACUGGUGACAGAAAAAUACUAAUUUUUACUUUAAAACCAAACGAAAAAGUGUCAUUUACUAUAUCCUUUAAACCAAAUCCAACAGAAUAUGGCGAAUACACAACCUUACUACCAAUAUAUUUACGUUCUGAUACAUCUACGACUUUUCAUAAUCUUCUCAAAAUUGAAGCUGUGUAUCAGAAACCAGAUAUACAAGUAGCGUUAGUCAAAUCGAAAGAUGUAUCGUUAGAUUUAAACGAAAAUUUUGUAUUUUCAUUCUAUCCUCUUAGUAUAUCAUACAAAAAAAGAGAUUUUAAAUAUCGUGUAACUUGUACGAACCAUUUGGACGAUUGUAAGUUGGAAGUUAAAGUAACACGAUGUCGAUGGCUGAUGGAAUUACAAUCGAUUAAAUGGGAAAUUUUGGGGUUGAGUAAAAAAACGGAACAUUCUGGUACGUACUCGGUUGAUUUGGUGGUUUACGAACAAGAUGAUAUGGUUCAAGAGUAUAGGAGAUGGUUUGAAAUUAAGUGUUCAUGCGGAGGGUAUUGGUUGCAGAAACAAGAAAGACUUGUAGAAAAUAGUGUUCUUACUGCGUAUUUUGAAAUAGAACAAAAGUUUACGCGUUCUCUUCGAAAUUGUUUUUCCUGUUAUCCUUUAUAUCCCGAACCAACUCAUCCCUCGUUCAACUUCAUGGAGCAAGUUAUUGCAUCAGCGGAAUGCUGGUUAAACACACAAGUUAUUUUCUGUGCCGACACUUAUCAAAUAAAAAGUACUAUUGCUUCUCCGAAUUUACAACCACCUUCUUCUCUCGAAUUAAAACGACGCACAAAAUUGUCUGGGAUUCCAAUUUUACAUAUAAUUGGAAAUAUAAUGGGACCCGAGAUUGUACAGUCUUUAACUAAAAAAAAGUCUAAUUUUUCAAGUAUUACUGAUACAUUAAAGUAUUUAUACCGUAUUUAUAAAACUAUAAUUAACAAGAUUAAUAAUGAAGGUGGAGCUUUAAUGCAUUUAAGACCUGAGCAUUUAUUUUAUUAUGGUGGUGCGAAAAUGUAUUACGAAAAAAUUUUUAAUUUUAAGGAAUAUCCUUUACCAUUAAGUUCAACGAUGUUACAUUAUAAAAUUUUUUCACGAUUGAGAGCCCAAUCUUGGUUGGAUUUCACUUUACAACUUUACAAAUGUUUAUAUUUAAAGAAAGUAAUCCAGAGCCAUUGCAUAAUGAGCAAAUGCGAUAAUUUUAAAAAUACCCCACUUUCGGAUUAUUUUUCACAAGAAAAUGUUCCAAUCCAACCAGCUAUAUACAGUGAAUCGGAAUCUUUGAUAAUGAAUUGGUUACAAUUUCAUUAUAACGAAAAUAGAAACAGUAUUUGGGAAAAUGUUACGUUAAAUGCAACAUCUGUGGAUUUGUACAAUAAUUCUUUGUGUGAUGGUUUAGUGUUUGGUGUUGUUCUAAUCACUUAUUGCCCGUAUUUAAAAGUAUUGUUACAAGAUUUAUUUUAUACGCCAAAAAGAUACGAAGAGAUGUAUCAUAACGUAUCAAGAAUCAUACAAAGUUUGGAAAUGAUAAAUUAUUCAUUCACUACAAAACCAGAAGAAAUUGUUAAAGGGAAUUCAAUAAGAUUACUUAUGUUUUCCGUUUAUUUAUUUGAUAUCCUUCCAAACAUGUACCCAAUCGAAUCAAUCACAUUAAAAACUGGUUUAUCUACAAACAUUACGAAUAAAAUUGAAUUAGAGAACAACAACCCAUUUCCGAUUGCUUAUAAAAUAAUAUUUAUCAACAAUGAUUUAGAAUGUUUUAGCACAACGAUAAACUUUUUCGAAAUUAAAGCGAAUAAUAAAGUAACUUUAGCAAUAACUUAUUUUGCUAAAUUUGCAAAGGAAAUUAAAUCUACGUUAAUUUUGAGCGGAGAAUGUUCUGGUUAUCGAUAUGUAACAAAUAAAUCAAUCUCUUUAAUUGGUACUCCCGAUUUAGCUUACCCAACAACGACAAUAAAAAUACAACAAAAUCACUUAGACAUAAAACAUUAUAAAUAUUUAAUUAAAUCACCUUAUAAAAUUAGGGCGAAUUAUCGAUUACAAAUUUCUUAUGAAACAUUACACACACCAGACGAUUUAUUACCAAUUCGUCACCAUAAAAACCGAGAUUUAUAUUCAUAUGGAAGAUUAGUGCCAAAAUCAAAAGACUUUGAAUUUAAUGAAAAUGGUGAAAUAAAAUUUGCGUUUAUGAUGACGGCUUUUGUGUACGUCGAUUUGGAUAUUUGGUUAUAUUUUUGUAACGAAACGGUCGGAGAUUUUAUUGUAAAAGUUUCAAGUUGUAUUAAGGACAGUUUACAAAGAGAAGAAAUUAUUGUUACAAUACCAAAGUAUGUUUUACACAUUACGGAAAGACCUAGAAAAGUUAUUUUGGAGAUUCCUAAUAGAAAUCAUAUGCUAUUAACAUCGAUAAAGACGAUUUGUGUUGGAUUAGGCGGUACGGAAGAAGGAAAAUUUUGGGCAAGAGUAAUUGAAACUCCUGCGGGUCCAAAUAUAUUAAGUUCUUUAUAUCUAGUGACUGGAAAGUACUCAAAUUUACCACAACCGAUUUCUUGCGAUGGUGUGACAUAUAAAGUAACACGAAAAACGGAAGAGGAUACUAUCAUGCCUGAUACGAUUUAUUUUGAAGAGGAAUGUACAGAUUUAACAACAAAAGUUCCAAUUAUUUUACAAAAUAGUCGGCCUAACAAUUUUUCAUUUGUGCUGGAAUCGAUUCCUUUAUUUAGAAAACGAUAUUAUACUGUAUGUUUUCAAUUUGAAUGA